AUUUGCUUGACCGCCCCUCGAUUCCCGUCCUGUCCCUUUUUUUGGGUUUCGCUUCUCGUCUGAACAGCUCCUGGAACAUCUGCUCUUUUACCUAACUACAUCUCCUCCCUUUCUUCUACGCUUCUGCUCCUCUAUUCUCUUCUUUCUCUCUCAUCAAAUACAUCUUUCAGCCACAUCAACUACCCCUCCAAAUCAGACACAAUGGCCGCUCAGAUCCCCCCCGGAGGAACCUACCUCGACACCUUCAAGAAGUCAUUUGUCGAUGUCAAGCCCGACGCCGACAAGGAGAAUGCCAUCCCUACCUCCGACUUCCUCGAUGCCUCCGAGUCUCUGACCACCAUCUUCGAUGCCCUUGGAGGCGUUGCUUUCGGUCCCGUCAAGAGCGACAUGGGCGGCAACAUCAAGAAAAUCCGUGAGCGCCAGCUGGCUGCUCCCGGCGAGUCCGCCACCCUUCAGGAGCUCGUCAAGGCCGAGCUGGCCACCAAGAAGCACGUUGCCACCGAGGGUCUCCUCUGGCUGGUUCGUGGUCUCGAGUUCACCUGCAUCGCCCUGAGCCAGAACGUCGCCAAGGAGUCCGAGGAGCUCUCCGAGUCCUUCCGCAACGCCUACGCCACCACACUCAAGCCCCACCACAGCUUCCUCGUCAAGCCCAUCUUCAGCGCCGCCAUGAGCGCCUGCCCCUACCGCAAGGACUUCUACGCCAAGCUCGGCUCUGACCAGGACAAGGUCGCCGCUGAGCUCCGCGUCUACCUCGCCUCCCUCGAGAAGGUUGUCGGCAUCCUCAAGGGCUUCCUCGCCAGCAAGGACGCCAAGUGGUAAGCGCAAACAAUGCUCUUGUGCGCGCUGACCGAGAAGAAUCAAAGGCCCCCCAAAGAAAGCGGGUACCAAAAAGAAAGUGAAAUAAACAACGAACAAUGACGAUAUGAUGGAAAGAACAACAUGUCCGUGUCAGUGUCCGCUGCGAUGCUAGUACAUCGUCAGCCACGAGCCAGUUUACGCAGCCUAGAAAUGAAUCACAACCUCGAAGCUUGAACCAAAUACCUUUCUUUGAGCUUUAUGCAAUCGAACAAUGACGAGCUUACACAAUGACCUUUGACACUUUUGAACUCUCCUGGAGUCAUAGUACAGAAUGUCGAGAGUCGUGAAACAACCUGCGUAUUUAACAGGGCUUGUCAGCACACUCAUGGGCAUUAACUUCGCAAAACAGACACAUGACAGAUAACAUCCACACAGCGACAACACUCAGAUCGUCUUCACCACCCCAACCGAUUUUCUUCAACAAAACCAG